AAUCUAACAGACCUUGUCAGCUUUCAACUUCUCCAUGUGUCACGCAAACAACAGAGAAUAAAUAGAAAUGACAGUAAACUAUGUCAACAGAAAUCCUAUCCAGUCUGCAUCUCCCGGAGUGACUUCGAUUGCUGCAAGCAUGGGUUCGAUUGCAGAUAACGAGCUCAUAGACAACCUUAUGAACCUCCAGGUUCCAAAAACACCUAAAGUCUCUCCUAAUACCUCACAAGUUGCCUACUGCACUACGUUGGAGUGGGGCCAUCGUACGGGUGAACAUCCUCGCUCUACUCUUUGGCUGGCAGCCACAGACAAGAAGGAUUCCACUCGUCAGCUGACCUCUGGACUGUAUAAUGACUUCGAGCCACACUGGAGUCCCGAUGGAAAGAGUAUUGCCUUCCUUUCUGACCGCGCGAGGCCAGGAAAGAGCUGUGCCAUCUAUAUUCUUCCAAUCGAAGAUGGAGGGGAGGCUAUUCCAGGCUCAGCUGCAAAUACCGAGAACGAGCGCCAAAUCGUGGCUCUUCAAUGGAGUCCGGAUGGAACAAGCAUCGCGUUUGUUAGUGCAGACGAGAAGACGAAGGAAGAAAAGGAAAGAGAGGAAAUGAAGGAUGAUGCGGCAGUCUGGGGGCAGCAAUUGGCUUUUAACAAAGUGCGGCUGCUUGACAUCGCGACUGGAGAGAUUACAGUGCUCAAUUUUGAUGUACACGAGGCUGCCAGGAUUAAGAAUCAUCACGUUCUGGGUGUUUGCUGGAGCCCAGACAGUCAGUCCCUGGCAAUAUGGACUGCACGUACGCCGUACCUGGAACACGAGUUCAUCUACGGGAGUGAAAUUUGCAUCAUGAGCAAAGAAGGAAUCGGCUUGGAACGUCUCUGUACUUGUGAUACGCAGAUCAAGAGCCUGUCGUGGGAAUCCCAUGGGAUGCUCCACUUCAUUACUUCGUUCCCCAGUGGAAACCUUGCGGCGACGGCGCUAUAUAAGGUAGACGUAAGAGGCAAAACGGAGCCCCAGCACAUGGCGUAUGGUGAGGUCGAUGACGCAGCUGAGUCAAAGAUCAUUAAUAGAGAUACUAUUGUGGUCCGAACACAACGUGCUCUCGAUACGUGUUUCGAGCUGUUUGGGGGUGUAACUAUGCUAUCGUACCAGAAUGAUAUCAAAGAAUGGGAUGUGGCCUUCGAUUCAACUACAGGAAAGACCAUUCUCGCCUUUGUUAAGUCCGAUAUCAACACACCUUCUGAAGUGUACACAGCAAUGUACACAGCUAUUCCGAACGCUGAUAUGGCCUCUGCAGCCAGAGCCUCACCUUCGUCACCAGUAUCUCUAUCAAAACACGGCUCACUUUUCGUCUCCAAGCGCUUUGGAACAUUCACUGUUAUCAAAACCCGCUCAUUCGACCGCAAAGAGUCUCUCGACGGCAUCUUCCUUACCCCGGCGCAGCACACCACUAGCGACGGUACACCAACACACGCUCUCCCAACCAUUGUUCUCCCCCACGGUGGCCCAACAGACCGCAACACCGACCGCUUCAACGCCUACUACUACUACAUUGCCCCAUACCUUCUGCACCAUGGCUACGCGAUCCUUCUCAUAAACUACCGCGGCUCCUCUUCCUACGGCGCCCGCUUCGCACAAUAUGCUUGCGGCGGCAUGGGACAAUACGAGUAUCCCGACAUCAUUGCUGUGACCCAAUGCGCCAUCGACUCCGGCUACGCGGAUGCGCACAAGCUGGUCGUCGGCGGAUGGAGCCAGGGCGGAUUCCUCAGCUACCUAUGCGCUGUACGCAACAACAAUCUCAAAGAGGAAGGCUUUGAGAGGAAGUGGAUGUGGAAAGCGUGUAUACCAGGUGCAGGGAUCACAGACUGGGAUGCAAUGGCGUUGACAUCUGAUCUGGGCGCGUCGAUUGAGUCGGAACUAGCGGGGGUUACGCCAUGGCGAAGUAGUAAGGAGGACGUCACAAGUAGGAGUGGGAGUGCGUUGUGGGAGUUUGACGGCGCGAUGCAAAGGGGGAAGGGAAUGUGGAACAGGGGCUUGCCACCAAUGUUGAUGCUGCAUGGUGAGAAGGACGAGAGAUGUCCAAUCACGCAAGCCUGGGGCAUGAGGAGAGCGCUGGAGAGUUAUGGAUUGGAGCAUACAUUUGUGACGUACCCAAGGGAGCCGCAUGCGUUUGGCGAGCAGAAGCAUUGGAUAGAUCUUGUGAAGCGGGUGAAGGGGUGGUGUGAUAAAUACAUUGGGCCUCAGGCGUAAAGAGGACUAUGAAUCAGGGUCUUGAACAUCCGGAUGGUUAUAUUUGCAGUCUGUCACUUAAACCUAUACCACAGGCAAAGGAUCAUCCUCAAGCAUGAACUCCCAUGGUUAUGAAGCAUCGCAAAGAAGGCAACCAAUGAAGAAGUAUCCAGGCCUUUUCGACGGG